AUGCAUGGUUCAGCAAAGAAGUUUGUAAUCCCUUCUCGAGAUGAUGACUUGUUGGAAGAAAGCGAUGAUUUUUACACGAUUAGCAAACGUCCUCAACUAGAUGAAAUUAUUUCAAAAGUGUUUCAAUUUCACCACGAUAUAGAUGCUGGCAGAUGGUCGCGAGUCAUUGAUAGAUUUGAUCACUUAUUUUUUACUAUAAAACCGUUUUCCGAGGGUGAACCAUGGCGUCUUCGCGCUCAGUUAAUCUCGGUUUUAAAUACGGGCUUAAAACUGACGUUAGACAGUAUCGAAGAACUGUUACCAAUGCUUACAAGUGAGGCGGAAGCUGAUUUAGCGCAAGAUUUAUUUACUGAAAGAGAAAUGCAUGCGCGGGCAUUUCUAAUUUAUGUAUAUUUGUUAUGCCGACUUGCUGUACUUUUUGAAAAGGAAUCGUGUAAUCGACUGUCAGAAGUGUCGAGUACUAAGAAAGGCCGUAAAACAGUGUCAGAUAAAGCAGAUGAUCAAUAUAUGGUCCAGUGGACAUGCGACCGAGCCCAUACUUUGAAAUUAUUGCGCCGUGCAUUUUCAAUGAAUAGUAUCGAUGCGCAAGGACGACGACGUAAUACGGCUAUUCGUUUUCUCUGGCAACCAUCUAUAGUACCUCCGGAAUUGUUAAAGAUUUCGAAAGAUUUGGCUUACAAAUUUCUUGAAAACCCAGAACUCAGCAAAGUUAGUGGACGUGAUUGGCUGCAAGCAAUAUUCGGCUACCUCAAAGUUAUUUGUAUUGAUUACAGUGAAGUUGCUAAAGUUGGUGCUAAACUGGUGAACUUGAUGAAGCGUCUUGAUUAUUUGUCACUUUCUUCCUUAACUCAGUCACCAUUUGUUGAUGCAAUCGAAUCGGUUUCUUAUUAUGAUGAUAUGGACACUCUUUUCCAGUCAAUGCUUUCGGCACUUAGUCGCUUAUCGAAAAGUGAUUUUGCUCGUAGUGAUGUAUCAGCUCGACCAUUUGCUUUAUUUAUUGUUUCGUUGGCCGAGAAGAAGCCAUAUUUGUUAAAUAAACAUAUUGUCAAUAUUGCUCCGUUUCUAUCAGAUGAUCCAGCUACUCUUCGUUGUGCCGUUCUUACUGCCUUUGUCGAGAUCGUUAUGGUAGUAUAUAAGGGAAAUUUACCAGAAGGCAAUUUUCGACGGUCGCGCGAUCGGCUUCUCCUUCACUUACAGGAUCAUACGGUUGAUGUAAAUGCAGUAGUGCGUUCUCGUACGUUGCAACUUUGGACGCGUUUGGCUCGUGCUUCACAAAUACCGAUAGUUUUUAUAAGUGGUGGUCUUAUUCGCGAUGCCGGUGGUCGUUUGAUCGAUAAGUCGGUGUCAGUUAGGCGGAAUGCCGCUACAUUUUUAAGUGCCAUUUUGGAAUACAAUCCGUUUGGAGCUUCCUUGAAUGCUGAUGAUCUGGCAGAUGCUAUCAGCCGUCUUGAGGCAGAACGAUUUGAAUUGAAGAAUACCAAUCCAGAGAAGGAAGGAAUCAGAAAAGCAUGUAUUGAGUGGGCAUCUAUGAAAGAAAAUUUGAUUCAGUGGAUUACAAGUUCAGUUAAGCAAAGACUAAGCAAACAGAGUGCGGAGGCUAGUGAAGAAGAAAGUGUGGGCGGAGCCAUUGAUCAAAAUGGGAAUGAAAAUGCCGCUGGCGAUACGGAGAACAUUUAUAUUGAGAUCAGUGAAACAAAUGAUAUUGGAACUACCGCCAACGAAUGCAUCAUUGAUGAUGAUGUCACGCUCGAAGAAUUAAUAACAAAAAUCGUGCAUGCUCUUGAAAAUCGUGGAACAUGCCGUGCGGCCAUCGAAGUACUUGUUCGAGCAGCUCUCGAUGGCAGAUUUCCUACUGUUAACAGGAAUGGGACAGCUGAUGAAAUCAUUAAGGAAUGUUAUGAAUCGCUGCAGGUCUAUUAUUUUGAUGAACAUAAAAAGAUGCAGUUAGCCGAUGACGAAGAGAUGCUUGAACUGGAAGACCGUAUUGGAGAUUACCAGAAAACGAUGGAGGAACUGAACAAUAAAAUCAAACUGCAUGAAAAUGCUAUAAUGUUUUCAUUGGAAAUUGAAAACUGCAUGAAACUAGCAUUACGAUCUGUAAUGUAUGGACAAGCUAAUGAAUUGACUGAAAUUAUUCACUUUAUUGUGGAAGCUAAUAAGUUUGGGAUCCGUGGCUCGGAGAAAAGUGUUCGUGAACUGUUCAAGGUGGUUUGGAGGCGCGAUAAUGCUGUUAAAGAAAUUAUUAUAAAUGCUGCUCGAGAUUUAUUUAUCUCUGCGAACAAAGAUCGAGAUGUAAGUGCACGGCGAAGUGCGGAAAAUCUUAUCAAAAUAGUUCUUGGUAUCGGUGAAGAAGAAAGAGUAUCCGUUGAGGAGGUGCUUUGUUUGAUGGCUCGGGAAAAUCGCUGGGAUAUUGAUUUGCUUGAUGUACUCUCCGCAGUAGUAUUUGAAACUCAAGGCGCAUCUCGCAUUGCAGCCUUGCGUCUCUUCUCUAUUAUAUGCAGAGCUAACAAGGAAUUUAUGCGAGAAAGAUUAAAUUUUUUCGUUGAAUUAACUCAACGCGAGGGUUUUUUUGAUAAUGAUGAUGGCACGUUAGCAGCCGAAUUCUUUAAUGCAAUUGCAAUGUUAGGAAGUACACCGAAUAUUAAAGAUGUUGGCACUCUUUAUGAAUCACCGUUUCGUCUGACUGAAACACACCGCAUCCUCCAAUGUGUGCAUGCUGUAUUAGUACAGAAUGUAGCAAAUAUAUCAUAUAAUUGGUUAAUUAUGAUGCAAAAGGCAGUGAACACAAUAUUCUAUGUAGCUACGAGACCAUCUCUUUGUUGUCGACUUAUUGCUAGUGGCUUAAUGCAUGAAGCAAAACGGUCGCUAGCGUAUUUUUUCCUAAAGAAACGAGAAGUUGAACAGAUUGAAAAAAUUGACUUUGAAAAUCCUCCAAACAGUGCAGAUGUUGAUGAGUUUGAAGACCUGCUAACAAUGGGAAAAGAGCAAUUACGAGACAGUAGCGAAACUGAGGAUGAAGAACUAAUUGCAUCACAGAGUGUUGGUCUUGUUGGCAACGACAGUCUGUCGAGGAUGAAAAAGAAUGCGUUGGAAUUAAUGGAUAAAGAUAAGGAACAAUCCUUUCUGGCUUGGGAAACAGUGGCAGAACGAGUUUGUGCCUUUGCUGGUCAGGUUGCUUUGAAAACGUUAGUCCAUACUGAUGUAUCCUUCGUGGCCGAAAUGAAAAGAAAAAAUGAAAUCUUGCAUGACAUUCGAACAAAUCUGAAUGACAUCGUCCAUAAUAAAUUGGAGAGGGCAAAUUGUGUUGAAGAGUUUUCAACGAGCAGAAUUCUUUCAACAUUGGAGGCUGAAUCAGUUGAAAGGCGGGGUUUUUUUGAAGCUAAUGAACAGGAAGAAGGCGAUCGCUUGGGCUUAACGGGAAUAUCGGAAGAAGAGCGCAUUUUAGAGUGUGCACAACGAAUGUGUGAAAAUGCUGUGUCACGUAAGGGCUCAUUACUGCAUCGUUUAAGCAAAUUUUUAGUUGCAGUUGUAAAAUCGAAAAAAAAUACAUGUUCAGAAAAACUUCGUUCAACGGCAAUAUUGGCAUUAUCAAAAUUCAUGCUUCUAAGUAUGAAAACAUGUGUGCGUUUUAUGCCAUUAUUUCUGGAAUACUUCAAAAAUUCACCAAGCUCAGAAUGCCGUAGCAAUUUAAUGAUUGCAGUUGGUGAUUUAUGUUUUCGUUUCCCGAAUGUGAUCGAGAAAUAUAGUGAACAUCUCUAUCAUGGAAUAAAUGAUAAAGAUGAUUAUGUGCGGCAAACUUCCAUUAUCAUACUGUCUUAUCUUAUGUUGAAUGAUAUGGUAAAAGUGCGUGGAACAGUUGCCGACCUGGCGCAGUGUGUUAAUGAUGAAAAUGUUAAUGUUGGGCAGCUUGCAAAAUUCUUCUUUUCGGAACUUGCAAAGAAGGGGAACAUUCUUUAUAAUUUGAUGCCUGACAUGAUCUCACGUCUUUCGUCUAAUGAAUCAGUGACUAUCGAUGACUUUAUAAAAAUUAUGAAAUUGUUACUCGCAUUUAUCAAAAAGGAUAAGCAAGCUGAUAGUCUGCUUGAGAAAUUAAUACAGCGCAUGCAGGGAGUUGUUAACAAAGAUGGGCUAUUUGACACACGGUUGGCAGAAUGUCUAUCACAUUGUAUUUCUUGCCUUCCAUUAAGUGAAAAAUCGUUCCGUUUCAUGGCGGAAUCGCUACCGGCUUAUUCAAAUUUGUUAGUUUUGGAAUGUGUUUUUACGAAUUUACAGUCAGCUGUUCUCCACUUCAAGAAGUAUUCCGUACGAAACACAGAGCUUAAGGGAGAAGUGGAUGAUUUUUUGGAUUCGCUGACUAAAAUGCAUCGUGAUAAACAGGAACAUGAGGGCAUCGCUAAUCGAGGAUUGAUUCAUAGAAAGAAGUGCAAAGUACCACUGAAGUUAAAGAAAGUUCGCUGA